GCUCAUCAUCCCCUCAUCGCACAUCUGUGUAAUUCUCCCGGAGACCUCAUUUCCAGCUCGGUCACGAUAGAAACCUCUUCAGCGCUCGACGCAUCUCUACCAUUGUCACGUACACCCGCAAAGGCACCACUCGUUCAAGGCCUACCCCACCAUGCCAAUCGCCCUCGUCGCAGACCCCGCCGCCCGGCGCCCCAAAUGGAGCAAGACCAUCCUGGGCCUGCACUGGUUCUUCCAGUUCAUUACCCUCGGCAUCUUCCAACUGAUCACGAUCUUCCUCGUCUGGAUGCUCCUUGCAGCUGCAACCAAUGGCGGAAAUGGUAGCGGGAGGCGUCCAGCGCCGCCCUCAAACUACCUCUUAUUAACCACGAUGAUAUUUAUCCUCUUGUCCAACGCCGCGAUCCUUUGCACGAUUUUAUACGAAUGGGGCUCUGCGUUUGUGCCGACGAAAUACUUUAAGAUACAGGUCGUAAAGAGUCUGUACUUCUUAUUUAUUGUGGUUGUGGUGUUGUGCUCUGGGUUGAGUCUGCCGAUGGAGGGGAACGUCAGUGGAGCUGCGUGGGUCUGGGCAACAUUUUGGAGGAUGUUGAUAUUUGUGGCACCGUUUUGGUCGAGCAUGGCUUAUGCUGUCAUUAUCAAGAAGAGGGUAUCGCGAGAGUUUGGGGAGGGUGGGGAAGUGGCGCUUUGAAGGCCUUGGGGGAGUGCUCGGGGAGAAGUUGAUGAGUGAUACCAGGCAUGUACUGCUUUCUUGGAAAUAGAUCCCUGAGGAUCUCCACUAUGAGAAUAUAAGACGAUAUUUACACCCGAACUAUGAAGCGUGGUUGCACUGAACGUUUUUGGAAUGUAUUUCACCAAGUCCAGUUCGAGUGAUAUCAGGUUAUCAACACGACUCUGCGGCUCCAGCACUUUCCCAAAAGACCUAUUUUGCUUGCUAGAAUUCUUC